AAAAUUGACUAGGGGCCUGCCCCCAUUUCCACUUCUCUUUUACAAUACCAAAAAGAGAACCCCUCCCAACACUUUGCAUUCACAAAUCACAAUGGCCCCCUCAGCCAUGGUAUGUGCUCUAUGUCUCUUCCUUUUCCACCUCCAAACCACAAGAGCAAACAAAGCAGUUACCUGCAACAGCUUAAGAUGCGGCGAUGUAGAUAUCCAGUUUCCCUUCGGUUUGAAAGGUUCGAGCCAAAGCCCUCGCUGCUGGUAUUACCCCAACCCCACUUUCCAACUCUCGUGCCUCAACGCCACAAAAACAAUCCUCACCCUCCCACGUUUCGGGAACCUAAUCGUCAACAGCAUCGAUUACGAAACCCAAACCAUCCGAGUCAACGACCCUAACGGCUGCCUCCCCAAACGCUUCUUGCAAAAGUGGAACCUUUCGGAUUCGCCUUUUAUUCUGAACCCCAUGAUUUACGGAACCAAUCCCUACAACCUCACUUUCCUGCGUUGCCCCUCCAACGUUACGGACUCCUCUCAAUUCCCGUUACUGCCGAUUUCCUGCCUUAGCGACAACAGAAACUACUCCGUGGUGGUUUCGUGGUCACCCCCUGUUGUGUCUUCACCCAUGAUGUCUCAACGGUGCGAGCUUCUGACGAGGGCUCUUGUCCCUAUUCCCAUGAUGGACAUGCCCAUGUGGCCCUUCUGGCCCGAUCUCAACAUCGACCUUCAGUUGGUCUGGACUCAGCCCAGAGAAUGUAGGGACUGUGCUGUUACUGCCCAACGUUGUGGCUUCUCUAAAACCCUUCAACUUGCCUGCUUCCCUAGGGACUCCAACAAAGGUCUUUCAAGAAGUGCGAGAUAUGGGUUAGCCAUAGGAGUGGGAAUCCCUGGACUGUUGUGUCUAAUAGGGGUUUCAUGCUAUAUCUGCGGUAAGGUUCGGAUGUUAACCGAACGGCGAGGGAGCAGAGAUUUUCCGGUGACAAUUUCCCUUGAGCCCGUUCCUUUUGUAAUGGGCCUGGACGGUGCCACAAUUGAAAAGUAUCCGAAAACCCUGAUUGGGGAGAGUGGGCGCUUAUUGAAGCCCAAUGACAACACGUGCGCAAUAUGCCUCUCCGAAUAUGAACCCAAAGAGACGUUGAGGAGCAUCCCCGAAUGCAACCAUUAUUUUCAUGCUGAUUGCAUAGACGAGUGGCUCAAAUUGAAUGCCACCUGUCCUCUCUGCAGGAAUUCCCCUGACCCAUCUUCCACUCUUUCUUUUUCUUCCUUCUCUCCCACUUCCUCAUUGCACUCUCCUCACUCUUCACAAUAGAUACUCUUUUUCAUCAACAAUCAAUGCCUCUUUUACGCAAUUUUUAUUUUUAUUUUUUCUCUUCAAACAUAAUAAAUAAGCUUCCUAUUA